GGUUGCAAUACAGUCCUCUAGGUAAUCUCUGCAGUUACAGAACCACCUCUCUGACUGCCGACUGAAGAAUGUUCACUGUCUUCAAAACUGAGAAGAUGGGAGCGCGCUUCAUUUCAGUGGCUCUGCUCUGCCUCUGUGGCCUCUCCUUUAGUCAAGGUUGUGACCAUCAGCGUCAGGAGAACUUGGAUUUCCCAGGAUCAGACGUAGCAGUUCUCUUCUCUCCUGAUGCGGAGCACUGUCAGUACUUGUGCACCCAGCACCCUGCCUGUCUCUUCUUUUCCUUUAUUAGGCCUGACUGCACCGUUGAUAACAGGCACUUCCACUGCUUCCUCAAGUCCACUCCCUCUGGACAGCCCACGGUUCAGGUUGCAAAGCAGGGUAUCACCUCUGGCUUUUCUCUUAGAUCCUGCCACCCAGACCCAAAGCCUUGUCUGUCUCAGGUCUAUCAACACGUGGACUUCUACGGAGCAGACUACAGACAGCUGUUCACAGCAGACUAUGAGGAGUGUCAGAGAGCCUGCACACAUGACCCUGCCUGUCAGUUCUUUACCUUUCUCACUGAUGACUUUACACCUGAGAAGUACAGAUACAAAUGCCACCUUAAAUUCAGCUGGCCAGUACCAAGGACACCUGAAGUAGUGGCAGAGGCUGGUGUAGUAUCUGGAUUCUCCCACAGUGGACAAUCACAUGAACACUUGAGCACAGAUUGUGAGGGCAAGCUCUUUCCAAAGACAAACCUUCCAGGACACGACAUCGAGUCUCUGCUCGCUGCCUCUCCUGAACACUGUCAGACACUGUGCUCCGCUCAUCCACAAUGUUCCUACUUCUCCUAUGUCGGGAACAAUUUUAAAUGUUACUUGAAAAAUAAUAUGGCUGAAAUGGUCGCCAAAGCUGAAGAAGGAGUCACAUCUGGGUUACCCACACACUUCUGUCAGCUGGUUAACAAGUGUGCUAUGAAGACUCUUGAAGGGAUAAAUUUGCCAGGUUCUGACCUUCGCUUCCUCCUGGUGAAUAAUGCUAAGGCGUGUCAGAAAACCUGUACUGAGGAUCCCAACUGCCAGUUCUACACCUACACCAUUGCUGACCGCCGCUGCUAUCUCAAGCGUGUCAUCACCAUGCCCGCGCCUCCCAAAGUUACUAAGCUGGCCAAUGCUGUGUCUGGCUUCUCCCUGAGGAAUUGCCACUAUUAGCACACUGUAUCCAACGAUAAUCAGACAGUCAAAUAAACUCAUAAUCCACAGAUAAUCAAUGUGAUCAAAAUAUAAUCCAAUAAAUGAUCCAGCAGCAAA